CAUUUUAAUACACUCGAGUUCUAUCCAGCACAUGCGGCUCCUCUCACGCCUAUCAAUAUUUUGAUAUAUUCUACAGCACUGUUCAUGGCCGACCCUGACACGGAAAUCGCUGCUCGAGUACUAUGCAGCUUAUUCAAAGAUCGAGGCAACAAGGAAACUGGCCAGUCUUCAUUGCCGACCCCUAGCCUUUCCCCCGCGUUGCCAACCCCUCCAUUGUCGGAUGAUCAAGUUCAUGUCACAGUUAGUCCAUCUCCAUCACAAACAAAGAUACUACAGUGUCUAGAACCUGCGAUUCCGCCCCUGCAAUGUCACCUCCCUGUCCGUUUGGUCCUAGACCAUCCCUCUCUGACUCUAGGGGCGAAGUCUACUCAUUCCCAACUCUUGCUCUCAAAUCGAGAAGGGAACUCACAACCCAACCGUCCUGUAUUACACGUCAGGGGCUUGUUUUGUAGCAAUAAGCUUCCCCCACUACCUGACCCUGAUCCGAAUCCAGAUCGGCAGCUGUCGUAUCAUGCGGACGGCACUUGGGAAGAAGGCGCAGCGGCAUUGAGCUUACUCCUCGUCAACCUUCCUGACCUACGCAUCUACGAGGGAGAGAUGCUGGAAAUGAGGGAUUCCCUCGAGGAAAAUAUGUUUGAGCUCUGUCGCCUCAUGGAGCAUAGAGAUGGUGGCCUUCCGAGGGAGCUUGUCGAGAAGAAGAUGAUGUAUUACUUGGAUUUCAUCUUCAGGUUGGCCGGAGAAGGAUACGAGCAAAGGACCAUCCUCGAGCAGGGACGGGCAAAGAUGGAACUUGCUUUGAGUUGGGUAUCGGGCCUCAUUAGGCAUUGGGACGAGCAUGUAUCUACAGUGCUUUUCGCUGAUGCAAUGGAGCAGAAUCCUCAUCAUCACCAGCGACACCAGGGGGCAAAUUAGAGAUUGACGCUGAAGUUUGGUGCACACAGCAAUUGAGGACGCUUUCACAGAUUCUUUUGAUUAGCCCUCCCCGCGAAUCCUUACUCAUCAAUAGAACCAUUCAAACCAUCUCGCUUCAUUACAAUGUUUUGUGU